GGGUUUGACCCGAUUCAUCGUCUACUGCUGAAGAAAAUGAGGAUUAUUUUGGUGGUGUUUACAGCAACGCUCUUGGCCUCAAUAUUGGCCGUGAAUUUACCAGGAGUACCAAGAGAAUUCACAACCAACGAUGUCGUGCUAUCAGCAGUGUCGGAUGAAAUUGCUCGUAAACUUGCCGAGGAAUACAUCAAAUAUAUGAAGACCGGUGUCGAGUCUGCCUCUCUACGCCAGAUAUCCACCCAGUUAGCCAACUCUCAUAGUAAAAAGGAUUUAUUCACCAAGGAAGUCGAUCAAUUGGGAGCCGCAGAUUCAUUUUUCGCUUGCACAACUUGUAGGUCUGUGGUCAAUGUUAUAAGUCGUAGUUUCCGCGAAGAAGAUGGAGAGCUGCAUGGUCAGGAAAAUCGUGAUUAUGUGAAAAAAUUCGUCGUUGGUUUCUGUAACCGCCUUAACAUACAAACCGAAGAAGUUUGCGGUGAACUUUUUGAGAUUCACUGGAAUUUAGCUCAAUAUAUUAUACAGAAUACAGGCAUUGAUUCACGUGAAUUCUGUGGCAUGUUCAUGCAGAAUGGUUUCUGUAAUGUGGGUACACAUCCCGAUUACGAAUGGACUGUGGAGAUUGAUGAUAGUGUGCCUGCCGCCACGGAACCCAAAUUCGAUAUUCCUGCCAAGAGUUCGAGUGAUUUGAAAAUUUUACAUAUCACCGAUAUACAUCACGAUCCCUUGUAUGAACCUGGUGCCUUGGCUGAAUGUGAUGAGCCCAUGUGCUGUCAGCGUCAUAAGGAUGUGGCUCAAGGUACUGCCAAGGCAGCUGGCUAUUGGGGUGAUUAUCGUGAUUGUGAUCUUCCCUGGCAUACGGUCGACAAUGCCCUCAUGCAUAUUAAGGAAACUCAUGAUGUGGAUUAUAUCUAUCAAACGGGGGAUGUAGUUGAUCACAUGGUAUGGGCUACUUCGGAUGAGAAGAAUAAGGAAGUCUAUGAAAAGGUUACCAACAAAAUCUAUGAAGUAUUUCCCAGUGUGCCAGUAUAUCCCGCCAUUGGUAAUCAUGAACCACAUCCUUUGAACAUAUUUGCUCCUGACUAUGUGCCUGAGGAGUUUAGCUCUAAGAAGUUCUAUGAACAUAUCUAUGAAAUAUGGUCCAAUUAUUUACCCGCCGAUACCAAGGAAACCAUUGUCAAGGGUGGCUACUACACUACACUGGUAAAGCCCGGUUUCCGCAUUGUCUCGCUGAAUAAUAACGAUUGUUAUACCAACAAUUGGUGGCUGUUCUUCAAUGGCACCGAUAUGAAGACUCAGUUAAUGUGGUUGCAUGAUGUCCUCUUGACUGCCGAAAAGGAUCAUGAGAAUGUUCACAUUUUGGCCCAUAUUCCCUCGGGCAGUGGCACCUGCUGGCAUGUCUGGUCUAGGGAAUAUAAUCGUAUUAUCGCCCGUUUCCGCAAUACCAUUAGUGGCAUAUUUAAUGGACACCACCAUAAUGAUGAGAUGAAUGUUCACUAUUCGAAUGGUCAUGCCAUAGCUAUGUCUUGGAAUGCAGGAGCAUUGACUACGUUCUCCUACAGAAAUCCCAAUUAUCGCAUAUAUGAUGUGGAGCCUACGACCUAUCAAGUUGUUGACCAUGAAACCUGGAUUUUCAAUUUGACCGAAGCUAACUUGGCUGGUGAAGGUGUCAAACCAAACUGGUAUAAGGAAUACAUUUUCUCCGAAGAGUUUACCAACAAUCUUAGUCCUGGCUCGAUUGAUGCCCAUUUGGAUGUUAUGGCCAAUAAUCCCGAUUUGGUCAGAAAGUUCUGGCGCUAUAAGAGGACCUCUGCAGAUCCCGCUCUGGCUGGAGGCUGUGGUAAAGGCUGCCUUCUCAACACUAUUUGUAACAUUGCCAUUACGGUAACUAACCAAAGAGAACGAUGUAAUGAAUUGACAGCAAAAUUAAGUCUUGCGAUUGACAAUGAGAACACCUCGAGUUCAGGUCCCACAGAUUCCACCACAGAUUCUACCACUGCAUCUACAUCCACUAGUACGGGUACUACCUCUUCACCCACUAGUACAGAUUCCACAACUUCAUCUACAUCGACUACUACUCCCGAAGAUGAAGAUGAUGGUGCUAUAUCGAUUACUGCAAUUAGUUUUACUACCAUGAUGGCUGUAUAUUUUGCAAUAUCCAAUGUAGUUUAGAA